AGUAUUUUAUGUAACUGGUGUUCUAAGGAACAUGUUUGGGGAAUAAUGCCUUGGGUGAGUGAGGAGACUAUUUAGCAGUGGCCACUCACUUUACGAAAGAUUCACAGUCACUGACCAUAUAGUCUGGUUGCCUAAUGGUAGAUGCUUCUUAUGGCUGUCCCUCAAGAGAUUGUUGGCAGUCCCUGUGGCCUCUUUGUAAAAGUUCCCAUAUCUGGCUGGUGAGGCUGCAGUAGUAUGGUGGGGGAGACUGGCCAAGCAGGCCAUCCUGGAGGACAGUGUGUUUGUGUUCUGAUGUUUGUGGCUACAGUGCUCUGGUUUCAGGCAUCCUGGAACUUCCAUGAUGUUGCAUUUUUUCUGAAUUCUGAAAGGGGAUAUACAAUCUGCAUGUUCAAAGGUGAAAUGAGGGACAGUUGACAGGGCUGUUUUAUCUGGAUGAGUAGGUUGUACAAUGCAUGUCUCUAGGGGUGGAAUUUACAUAGUGGAGAUGGUAGAUCCAAUUUUCUUGUAAUAGAGUGUCCUGUUCUCAGAACACCAGUAUUUUGUGACAAUUUUCCAGCAGGUGGCAUAAAAUGUCUUGAGGAAGGGGCACCUUUUUCUAGUUCUCACAAAGGUGACAUAUGGUAAAGAGGUGGCCCUGAGUGGGAGGGAGAAGCCAUCAUCAACUCUUGGAAUGUGAGAUCUGAAAGGCCUCUGAGAGAGUAUUGGUCCAUCUCUGGAAUUGUUAGGACUUUUGCUUACAAAUAAUAGAAACCCAAUUCCAACUGGCUAACACCAACAGGAAACUAAUAAUCAGAAUGCAAGAACAGGAAUGCAGCUGGGGCUCAGGAACAUGCUGAAUCCAGGUACUCUGACAUGGUCAGGACUUACAACUCUCUCUUUACCUGCUUUUUUCCCUUAGUCCAAAACAUGGUGGGUAGACAACUCCUGGGUGUCACAUGUUGGAAGUUCAGCAGUCAGCAGAGACUGACCUCCUCUAUGCUCCAGCGUUAAAAUCUCAAAGACCUAGGAUUUGAUAGCACAACAGGGUGACUAUAGUAAAAAAUAAUUUAAUUGUACAUUUAAAUUAACUAAAAGAUUAUAAUUGGAUUGUUUGUAAAACAAAGGAUAAACACUUGAGAUGAUUGAUACCCCAUUUACCCUGAUGUGAUUAUUACGUGUUGCAUGCCAGUAUCAAAAUAUCUCAUGUACCCCAUGAAUAUGUGUGUACUAUGUACCCACAAAAAUUAAAUAUAACAAGUUAAAAAAACCCGCCCCAUUACAGGAGAGGUCCAAAUGAAAACAUUUCUUUGAGUUUAACUGGCCACAGGUCCAAUGGUUUCCUAUCCACCACACAGUGGGUAAACAGCUCAAGGGCGGGCUGCCCGCCAGCAUAAACCUUUGAGUGGCAAACACUACCAGGGUGGCCAUGGAAAAUGCCCUCUUGCUGACCAUAAUUGUACAGAAUGUGUGUAAAUAAAAGCUAAAAGGAAAAAGAAAGAAAAUUCUUUAGCUCUUCCAGAAGAGGCAAACGGAGAAAUGAAGAAAUAUAAAGAGAUAGGCACUACAUAAAUACUAAGUACUAUAAAUAGGGCAUUUCCCAACCCACUAAAUAUUUUGAUAUUUUCCAGGGAUGGAGCCAGAGAUGUUCUGGAAGGAUAAAGGAGACUGCAUGAGUAAUUGGGGUGGGGUAGCAGAGAGUUUGCCAAUCCCUACCUCACUGGGUUUUAGUUAUGUUUCAGUUAAUCUGCCUCCUCAUUUAUGAGGCAGGUAUUGUUAGCUCCACUUUUCAGAUGAGGAUACUGAGAUUCAAUAAGGUUAUUACUCAAACUUACGGGAAAGCCAAGAUUUCACAAUAUUUCAACCCAACUCGAGUUUGUCUAAUACCAGUGCGUACCAAUGGUAUUAUUAAUCCAGACUGGGCGAUGAAUUAAAAACUCUGACGUGACGUUUCUGCGGGUUUCUGGAACAAGCCUGGAUCACCUGGGGACGGGGUGAAAUUGGCGUUGCCCUCCUUGCAGUAAUAGCUGCUAUUGUUUUGCAGCAGUUAUUAUGGAUCAGAUACUGUGCUGGGUCUAUGAUCUCAUUUAGUCCUUACGACAAUCCUGUGAGGUUGGCAUUACUAUGAUCUCUAUUUUACAGGUUAGGAAACUGAGCCUUAAAUAAACUACUGGCUUUUCCUGAGUAUUCUGUGAAUAAAUUCCUAUUACUGAAAUACUUAAAAGGGUUAGAUUAAUAAAUUAACAAAGCCUUCUUCGGAGCAACUGUGCUGAAAUUCCGUACGCGUGACGUUCCCACCCUCUGCCACUCGGUGACGUCACGAUCAAGCCCACCACUGCGUUCCCAGCCAAGCUCUACCGCCGCUAUCUCGCGAGAGCCGUAGUUUCUUCCAUUCUGUUUUGGACAUGCGCGGGGCGUAAGGCGCUUUGGCGACAGUGGUUUGAUGGUUUUGUGUCAGUCUUCCUACAGCUGAGCUUCCACAAGACACUUUUUCCCUUUCAGCCACCCCAGAUCUCGCGAGACUUGCUAUUCUGCGCCCCCUCCCACCUUGCGCUUGCGCAGAUCUUCAAAGUAGAAGGUCGCGCUUGGAGGAAGUGGCGGCUUUGAGUCCCGUAGCCCGAGCGCCGUUACUACUUCUCUGAAGCUUCUCUCGGCUGCUUGCCGAGACACCCUGCCGCCAAGAUGCCUCGAAUUAUGAUCAAGGGGGGCGUAUGGAGGAAUACCGAGGAUGAAAUUCUGAAAGCAGCGGUAAUGAAAUAUGGGAAAAACCAGUGGUCUAGGAUUGCCUCAUUGCUGCAUAGAAAAUCAGCAAAGCAGUGCAAAGCCAGAUGGUAUGAAUGGCUGGAUCCAAGCAUUAAGAAGACAGAAUGGUCCAGAGAAGAAGAGGAAAAACUCUUGCACUUGGCCAAGUUGAUGCCAACUCAGUGGAGGACCAUUGCUCCAAUCAUUGGAAGAACAGCGGCCCAGUGCUUAGAACACUAUGAAUUUCUUCUGGAUAAAGCUGCCCAAAGAGACAAUGAAGAGGAAACAACAGAUGAUCCACGAAAACUUAAACCUGGAGAGAUAGAUCCAAAUCCAGAAACAAAACCAGCGCGGCCUGAUCCAAUUGAUAUGGAUGAGGAUGAACUUGAGAUGCUUUCUGAAGCCAGAGCCCGCUUGGCUAAUACUCAGGGAAAGAAGGCCAAGAGGAAAGCAAGAGAGAAACAACUGGAAGAAGCAAGACGUCUUGCCGCCCUCCAAAAAAGAAGAGAACUUCGAGCAGCUGGCAUAGAAAUUCAGAAGAAAAGAAAAAGGAAGAGAGGAGUUGAUUAUAAUGCUGAAAUCCCAUUUGAAAAAAAGCCUGCCCUUGGUUUUUAUGAUACUUCCGAGGAAAACUACCAAGCUCUUGAUGCAGAUUUCAGGAAAUUAAGACAACAGGAUCUUGAUGGGGAGCUAAGAUCUGAAAAAGAAGGAAGAGAUAGAAAAAAAGACAAACAGCAUUUGAAAAGGAAAAAAGAAUCUGAUUUACCAUCAGCUAUUCUUCAAACUAGUGGUGUUUCUGAAUUUACUAAAAAGAGAAGCAAACUAGUUCUUCCUGCCCCUCAGAUUUCAGAUGCAGAACUCCAGGAAGUUGUAAAAGUAGGCCAAGCGAGUGAAAUUGCACGUCAAACUGCUGAGGAAUCUGGCAUAACAAAUUCUGCUUCUAGUACACUUUUGUCUGAGUACAAUGUCACCAACAACAGCAUUGCUCUUAGAACACCACGAACGCCAGCUUCCCAGGACAGAAUUCUGCAGGAAGCCCAGAACCUCAUGGCCCUCACCAAUGUGGACACCCCAUUAAAAGGUGGACUUAAUACCCCGUUGCAUGAGAGUGACUUCUCAGGUGUAACUCCACAGCGACAAGUUGUACAGACUCCAAACACAGUUCUCUCUACUCCAUUCAGGACUCCUUCUAAUGGAGCUGAAGGGCUGACUCCCCGGAGUGGAACAACUCCCAAACCAGUUAUUAACUCUACCCCGGGUAGAACUCCUCUUCGAGACAAGUUAAACAUUAAUCCCGAGGAUGGAAUGGCAGACUAUAGUGAUCCCUCUUACGUGAAGCAGAUGGAGAGAGAAUCUCGAGAACAUCUCCGUUUAGGGUUGUUGGGCCUUCCUGCCCCUAAGAAUGAUUUUGAAAUUGUUCUACCAGAAAAUGCCGAGAAGGAGCUGGAAGAAUGUGAAAUAGAUGAUACUUACAUUGAAGAUGCUGCUGAUGUGGAUGCUCGAAAGCAGGCCAUACGAGAUGCAGAGCGUGUAAAGGAAAUGAAACGAAUGCAUAAAGCUGUCCAGAAAGAUCUGCCAAGACCAUCAGAAGUAAAUGAAACUAUUCUAAGACCCUUAAAUGUAGAACCGCCUUUAACAGAUUUACAGAAAAGUGAAGAACUAAUCAAAAAAGAAAUGAUCACAAUGCUUCAUUAUGACCUUCUACAUCACCCUUAUGAACCAUCUGGAAAUAAAAAAGGCAAAACUGUAGGGUUUGGUACCAAUAAUUCAGAGCACAUUACUUAUCUGGAACAUAAUCCUUAUGAAAAGUUCUCCAAAGAAGAGCUGAAAAAGGCCCAGGAUGUUUUGGUGCAGGAGAUGGAAGUGGUUAAACAAGGAAUGAGCCAUGGAGAGCUCUCAAGUGAAGCUUAUAACCAGGUGUGGGAAGAAUGCUACAGUCAAGUUUUAUAUCUUCCUGGGCAGAGCCGCUACACACGAGCCAAUCUGGCUAGUAAAAAGGACAGAAUUGAAUCACUUGAAAAGAGGCUCGAGAUAAACAGGGGUCACAUGACGACAGAAGCCAAGAGAGCUGCAAAGAUGGAAAAGAAGAUGAAAAUUUUGCUUGGGGGUUACCAGUCUCGUGCUAUGGGGCUCAUGAAACAGUUGAAUGACUUAUGGGACCAAAUUGAACAGGCUCACUUGGAGUUACGCACUUUUGAAGAACUCAAGAAACAUGAAGAUUCUGCUAUUCCCCGGAGGCUAGAGGUAACGUUAUAUAUUGAACUGUUGCUUAAAAAGAGUGCUGCAAAGAAUUAUCAGGGCUGUCCUCUUUCACUUCUCCUGUAUAGACUGUCUCUAAAGUUGGUACUGUCAGGCUUUUAAAAAUGAGAGCCUAAAGUGUUUGACUUUCUAAUCUAGAAUUGCCUCUGUGUAGAUGGAUAGACCAGGCAAGUUGUAGAUACAAAGGCCUUCCCUUACUCAUUUUCUGUUUCAUAUGUAGAUACAUUGUGAAAUGGAAUACUUAGCUCUUGUAAUUUGUCCCCUUGAAACUUAAUUGCAUCCCAUUCAUGUAGCUCAGUGAGGGGAAACUAAACCAGUAUCUUUUUGUUUUAUAACUUAUGUUGCUGGGAACAUAGCUAGUCCUUCCAAACCAUCGAAUUCCUAUGACCAGGUUUGGAUUGAAUUUAUCUCCCAAAUGUGCAUAAUAGCUCCUGUCCAGCUAAAGGGCAGUCAGGGCUUCUUGAAGUGCAUUUGUGGGUAUUGAUAAGACAGUAGUGGUUUGUUUAUUUGAAGUAGCAGCAGGAUUUCAUAUGACCAAAUCAAAGAAUGGCUGUGAUACUGGUUUUAUAGCAGAAGUAUUUGAUAUGUUUGUUUCUCUUUGAAAAAUAUUUACCUCUUAAGAAUCAUGAUUUAACUCAGCUGGUUUUUAAGAUAAUAAAGUACUGUAGAUUUUUUUCAGUAUAGUUACAUCUAAAAUAAUUACUUAAUUUUUUUUCUUUAAGUGUCUAAAAGAAGACGUUCAGCGACAACAAGAAAGAGAAAAGGAACUUCAACAUAGAUAUGCUGAUUUGCUGCUGGAGAAAGAGACUUUAAAGUCAAAAUUCUGAAGUACAGUUUAUAUUCUGUCACAGGAUUAAUUAAUUGCCGGUUUUCAUACUCUAGAAGGCUGAAACUGAUGUUUAUCUUCACUGACAAAUUUACCCACCAUUUGUGGUUUUUCAGUUGUUUAUUUUAAAUGAUAUCGAUCUUACACAUUCUGUGUAUAAAGACCUUAACUCCACAGGACGGACAUUUUAGAGUUUAAAUUAUUAAGGCUAUCAUUCUUUUAGCAAUGUCAUAUUUGCAAACUUUUUUAGUUUUGGCCUUUAAUUUAAAAAGCCUAAUUUUAAAGUGCUGCCUGUGAGUAACUCUCGAAUAAAAACAAAAUAUAAAAAAUUGAGAAUGUAGCCUUUUGUUUGAAGUAAUUAGAUACUUAAGAGUGCCCGCAAACCAGCAGCUAUGUACUCUGUGUCAUAUUUAAUGAGUAACUCUUGGGUAAUCAAAAUGGUGAUGCAGUAUCUUAAACACUUAAGAGGCAGUUCUUUGUGGCUUUGUUAGUUUCAGCGAAGAGUGGUCAUUUCUGUAUACACUGACAAGUUAGAUUAACUUUUUAGUACCUCAAAUUUUUUUUUUUUUAAUAUCACCUUAAAGAAGGUCUCUUCUCUGCCAGCUACUUAAAUAAUUUAUGGGUCAGGGCUUAAAAGAUUUAACUUUCCUUACCCCAUUAUUUUCUUAUAAGUAUUUUUUGACAAAGGCAUUUUAAAAGUUAAUUUCAAGAAGGCCAUCAAACUUAAAGCUCUAUGUUUAGCAUAAGAAGUCAGUUACAUCAGUGUAGAAUUUGGGGAAUGGAUAGAGGUGGAGAUACUUAAUUUUAUAGAAUUCAUAUAAAUUGAUUUAGUUACAGUAUCAGUUGGCUACAAGCUCAUUGUAGGCCAGCAAUGUUUUGACAUCACCAAAAACGUUUGCCCAGUCUUAGAAUACUAGGGACUAUAGGAAGGGAAGGGAUUCAUUCAUUCAUUCAUUCAUUCGAUAUUGAAUGUGUACCCUGUGCCAGAGUCUUAGAGAGAGAACAACGAACAAAAUAGGCCUAGUUCUUGUUUAGUAAGCUUGUAGUCUUUUGAGAAUGACAGAUGAUUAAAAUCCAAAUGUUUAUUUGGUGAUUCUUAUAUGUCAGACACUUAAGUGUUGGGAGAUAAGCAGUUAUUAAGACAGUUCUUGCUCUCAUGGAGGUGACAUUAGUGGGGAGGAGAUACUAAGUAUGUACAGGGAAAGUAUCAGACCAUGAGUUUUAGAUUCUAUGGAGGAAAUUAAAGUAGGGUGAUUAUGAGAUAGUGAAUGAGUGGCUAUUUUAGACUGGACGAUCAAAGAGACCUCUUGGAAGGCAGCUAUGCUCACCACUAUACCACUGCACUAUGCCGCGCCGUACCACUAUAAGCUGCACGGCCAAAGAGACCUCUUAAAAAGGUGACAUUUAAGAUAACAUGUGAUUGACAUUUUAGAAUGGGCUAUCUUUGUGAGAUUCGAGGAAAGAACAUCCUAGGUGGAGUGAAUAGCAAACAUAAAGCCUCUUUUGUAUGUUUGAGGAACAAAAAGGACAAUGUGGCUAGAGUGUCAAGAAUGGCAUUUCUGUAUAUAAGGCCUCGUUGUAUAGAGCCACAUAAAUAAGGCUAUAAUAAGGAAUUUGGAUCUUACUUUAAAUAUGAUAAGAAUCGAUGAGAAGAUCUAAACAAAGGAAUGACAUGAUCAGAUUUGGUUUUAGAAACAUCACUAUCUCCUUAGUGUGUAAAAUCUCACCAGGCUGGAGAUAGGGAAGCCAGUCCAUUUAGGAGCCUGGUGCAGUGAUCCAGACAAAAAAAUAAUAGUGAUUCUAACUAGGGUCCAGGUAAUAGUAGUGGAGAUAUGUGGAGAGACAUGAUAGGUAUAUACUUAAUAGUCUUAUCAGACCAUAAAUUGAUAUUUUCCUGGUAUGUAGUCACUUAAUUCAAAUACUUUUUUCAGUAAGUUCUGGGUUUUCUAGGAAAAACUUCAGUAUCAUCAGUGAAUAAUGAUAGUGUUUCUUCUGAUAGUUUUAUUUCACUUUUAUUGCAUGUUUUGUUAUCUGAAAUGUUUAGGACAAUGUUAAAUAACAAUAAUGAUGUUAGACAUUUUUGUUUUUUUCUUAUUUUAAUGGGAAUGUCCAUAGUUUUUACUUUUAAGUUUGCUGUUGGGAGUUAGUCUAUCUGAAAGACAGUGUCUCUCUUUUAGUUUUUAAAGAGUUUGAAUUAGAAAUGGCUCUGGAACUUUAAACAAUAUACCAUUUGGGCAUCUAUUAAAGCAUUCAUAUAAUUUUUCUCAUUUGAUGUUUUGAUGAGGUAUAUUAAUAGACUUUCCCACAUUAAAUCAUCUUUGCACUCCUGGAAUCAGGUAGAUUAAUUUUUAAAAGAAAUUUUAAAGGAUUUAUAGUUUAUUUGCAUUUUUUGUAGACUUGAAUUAUAUGGAUUUAAAAGUCGAUCUAAUAUUAAUAAAGGCGCACUUUGUUUUCGAAAUUUGAAGUAAUUCACAUACUUAUAGCCUAAAAAAAUCGGCAGGAAUUACAAAAUUUCAAAACUGGCGCAUUGUAAACUGCAUAUGCAUUUGCCAGGUAGCAGUGCCACUUGAAAUGGUGAACAGACACACUGUUAUCCUGUGUUAGUAUCCUGUAAAGCCCAGGAUUCUUUACCAGCACCAUGCAGCAAUUUUGGUGACUGUUUUACCAUUCACACUGAGGCCAGGGGUGGUGGGUCAUGCCUGUAAUCCUAGCACUUUGGGAGGCCAAGGUGGGAGGAUCAUUUGAGCUCAGGAGUUCAAGAUUAGCCUGGGUAGCAUAGUGAGACCCUGUCUCUAUUAAAAAAUAAUAACAAUAAAAAUAACAUUCACAUUGGUAUUGUUCACUAAGGUAUUGGUCGUUAAGGCAUUCAUUAAGGUAUUGUUAAAACUUGUGUUAAGCAUGUUAAAGUCUCAGUAACUUUGGGAUAGAAAUAAAAUGUGAUAAAAAGCUGAAAGAAACCACCACAAGGGAGAGUCCUUUUUGAAAUAUUAGAGACAUAAUGCUGUAUAAUAAAAAAUGACAUCAAAGAAAAACUACACUACAGUGAUUGCAGACUUAAUGUUGGCCAACCAUGCAUCCUCCCUAGAAAUGCAUUUGAAUUUGAUUUACUAAUCUUUUAUUUAGGAAAUUUACAUUUUUACAUUAGUGAGAUUGGUCUUUUGGGCUAUUGUACUUUUUUUUUUUGAGAUGGAGUCUUGCUCUCUCACCCGGGCUGGAGUGCAGUGAUGCAAUCUUGGCCCACUGCAACCUCUGCCUCCUGGGCUCAAGUGAUUCUCUGCCUCAGCCUUCCAAGUAGCUGGGACCACAGGCAUGUGCCACCGCACCCGGCUAAUUUUUGUAUUUUUAGUAGAGAUGGGGUUUCACUAUGUUGGCCAGGCUGGUCUUGAAUUCCUGACCUCAGGUAAUCCACCUAUCUCGGCCUCCCAAAGUGCUAGGAUUACAGGUGUGAGCCACCAUGCCCAGCCUGGUUAUUGUAUUUUGAUACUGGGAUUUUGCUAGCUCUUUAAAGUAAAUAGGAUAUCUGUAUAUCUUUUUCUGUGCAUUGAGCAGUUAUAACAUGGGAAUGAUUUGUUCAUGAAAGGUUGAAAGUCUGUACUUAAUAGAACUUUUGAGUUCACAGUGCUUUCUGGAAAUAAUUUCUUUAUAACUGUCAGUUUCUUUUGUGACUAUUAUGUUAUCUAUUUUUAAAUUUAAGCAACUUUAAAUUAAAAAAAUUGCUUUGAAAUAUAUUUUUCCUUUUAUGUUUAUUUAGUACAUUUAGGUAAUGUAUACUUUUUAAGAAAUAUUUUUAUUUUGUUUAAAUUUAAACAUCUGUUGUUAGCAGAAAAUUCUAAUAACAAUCUCUUUUCUAUUAACUUUGCCAUUUCUGAGUUCUAGGAAAUUUAGCUUCUCUUAGUUCUCCCACUUUUUACUUGACUAGACUUGUUAAGGGUGCACAUUUUCUGUUCAGAAGACUCGUGUUUUUAUUGGCUUAUCUAUUGUGAUUUUGUUUGAAAAUAUGUUAAUUUCUCAAUUGAGGCUUAUUAUUUUGUUUUCUGUAGUUUUUUUGACUUUUUUGAGACUGAUGCUUAUUUUUUGCUUGUAUACAAAUGAAUGUGUUGAAGACUUUUGAACUGUCUCUUAAGUUCAAAUAUGUUCACAUCCCAGCCAUUUUGAUAUGUAGUAGUCUUGUUUUCUAAGUAGUUUAUCAUUGUGUUUUAAAUUUCUGGUUCAGUAAUUAAGGUUUUCAAAAUAUCUGUAUGGUUGGCUGAAAUUUUUUUUUUUUUUUUUGCUAGUUGUGGGAUUUUUACCUUAUGGAAAAAAAAAUGUGGUUUAUGUAGUUUCUGUUUAUUGAGGUUUGGGGGCCUAGCAUCUUUAAAAAAUGUUCUAUGGAUGUUAUAAAUGAAGAUUUAUUUAGUUUAUAUAGGACAGAGGUGAAUAUGUAUUUAUUCAACCAGUUUAUUCAAAUUUAAUGUUCUUAUUGUUGUUAUUUUAUAGAUACCCUACAAUAGUGUUUUCUUAAAGUCUCUGAUUAUAGUUGUUUCAAUUUCAUUUGCUUCUCUAGAGCUUUUGCUUUGUGUAUUUUGAUAGUGUUAUUUAGUAUAAAAUACUUGCGUCUGUUACAUACAAUUCAUAAGGAAGACUUCAUGGCCUAAAGCUAUCCUUUUUGUUUUGUUUAUGCUUUUUGCCUGGAAUUUUACUUUCUUUAUUAGAAUUUCUCUUCUUUCUUUGCUUAUAUUUGCAUGAUAAAUUGUCUAUCCUUUUAUUUUCAACUUUCAUAUAUAAUUUUUAGUUGUCUCUUAAACAGCAUAUCCUGUUGAAUUUUGUAUUUCAAACCAUUUGGAGAGUCUUUGGCUUUUAAUAGGGUCUGUUUUGUUUUUUGUGCUAAUUAAUGACUUUAGUCUUCUGUAAUCAUGUCUUAUACUUUCUCACUGAUGUCUAUAAAUGGACUGUAAUUUC